CGAUUACAACGCUUUCUAUUAAUAGAUGACACACCCACGUCGUCAUUCUGGACGUGGUGAGGGGGAUCGUGGGAGUUGACCACCGAUCGACAUGAGAGUAUGAGCUGCCGAGAGGAUGGACGAUGGCGGUGAUGGCAUUUCCACUUGAACCAAUGGCGAUGCUUCUGACGUGGCGGUGUCACGUGAUGGCAUGAGGGGACUCGAUUCAUGUCUUUCAAUUCGUUGUGGAGACAAGUUGUGGUUCAGCCGGGGCGACGAACAGCGGGAUGGGGGUGACGUUGGGGCUUGCAAAAGGAGUUUGGUCUUGCCUAGUUCAGGACUAACAUCGCACUGUUGCAAUUCCAUCGUGGCUGUCGAAGACUGGUUGGCUGGCUCGAGACAUUCGUGCAGGCCAUGCUGUACUUGUCCCGAGGACGCGUUGUCGAUCUCAGGUAUAUGUGGUGCAACUUGCGCUGGUGCUGGGUUGUUGGUGGGGAGGCGCGGGGGAGGAGGAACAUUAUCGGAGGAGGCCAUCGGGACAGACAUGACGGUGAUCGAUGACGUGGAUGGCGAGAGGAGCGGAAGAGGCCGGCGACGCACCGUUACACGCAGUCGCUCCUUUGAGUUUGUCCCGAGGGUGGUGGGCGCGCGAUACUGUGGCGUGGAAUUCGCCGAUUGCUUGGUCAUCUUGGACAACACCAUGAGGUCGAUCUGCGUUUCCCGGAUCUGCUCCAUACAGUCCUGCGUAUGUUUGGUCAUAGUAAACUCGGCAGGCACUUUUAAUGCCUGCUGAAACGCUUCCAAGGCGUGGUUCAAACAGUACAAUCGGCGCGUGGAGAGCUGCGGCGGGAUGCGGGUGGCCGUCACGCGCAGAAGCUUUCCCUUCGCCAUGAGCUCGUCAUACACGCUUCCUCCAGAGGAGGCACUGAGCUUGCGCUUCAGCGGUGCGACGCCAUCCCAUUGUCCAGGCAACGCGGCAGUAGGUGGCGAUGGUGCUUGUGGCUCCGUCGACCGUCGAGC